AUGGAAGGAAUGGAAGAUGGUGUCCGGUAAGACAUUUUUUUUUCAAAUCUCAAAAAUCACGUCCAAAUAAAAAAAAAAUGCAAAUUUCUAUGUCAUAAAAAGUUUUUUUCGUCGCGAGUUGUUUCUUAACGUGUUCAAGUUCCUUAUACGAAAGCAGAGAAAUGUUGGGGUUUCAAGUAUUUGAGAUGACUCGACAAGACAAGAUAAAAAAGGCGGCAAAUUCAAUUUUGUCAAGAUUUAUUGUUCGAAACCUUUGCCCCCCUUCUCAGGAGGAUUUUUUCGUAUUUUUCUUUCAAUUCUACUUUUUUGUGCUCCUUAAGAAUAAUAUGAAUUGUGAUUUUUGAUUUGAGAGGAGAGGACUAUUUUUCCUAUUAUAAAACUGGGAAUUUCUAGAAAGAAUCGGACCACCGGAAAAAAUCUGGAAGUCUCUUUUUGAAUAGUCAGGGGUACUUCUCGGAAAUUUGGAAGUCUCAUUAACCUGUGAAGAGAAAAUUACAAACCACUUUUAGAGCUCUUUGUUAUUUAUUUCUUUAUUUCCGGUCAGAAAAAUUUCUUUGGAAGCAAAACAUUUUCUUUUAUCCAGUAGCUAAGCAAAUUUUAUUUUUGAAUACUAGAAAAUAAUGGUGGGUUUAAAACGGUUGCAAAAAUAAAUCCUCUCAGAAAAAAGUUUCACAUCCCAUUUUCAAAAAUAAUUUGCAGAAUGUUAUCAGCAGCUGGUCGUCGUUUUUCUCGUUGUUCAGCUUCACCUCGUCCACGUGCACGUAAUUAUGCACUUGCAAAUAUUCCACCACCAGCUGCUGUAAAUAUUCGAACUAAUGAUAUGAUAAGUCCAGAGGAAAGGCGGUUUUUGGAAGCGGCUGAGAGAGGAGAUAAACCGACGUUGUUAGAAUGUUUGAAUUAUGUGAGUUUUGGGAAGUUUUGGGAAUUUAUAGGAAGAAGUGGGGGAGGGUAGAGGAAUAAAAUUAAAAAAAAGGUUUGUCUGAAAAUGUAUUGUUAGAUAACACCUGAAACCAGAGGCUGACAAUUUUCGAAUAGGAAUUCUAGCGUAAUUCAGAAAAUUGAAAAAAAAUGUUUUUAUCUCAGCUUAAUCCUGAAAAAAAGUCUGAUCCAUAAAAGUGGCACAAACAUUUGGUCUAACUUGUGGUUCACAAAAAUCCAGUUUCUGAUAGGUUUCCAAAUUUUUGUUUAUGAAUGGCCAAAAAAUUUGAAACUGUUUGAUUGAUAUCUCUCACAAUCAGUUUGAAAAAUAAUUUAAAAUUACAUUUUUUAUAAAUACACAAAUUCUAGGUUAUUAGAGAAAUUAUUUCUCUACUUCAUAAUUUUUUAGCAUGAUGGAAUCAAAUUAUUGAAUGUAAACUGUCUUGAUUCAAUGGGCAGAACUGCACUCGAAAUAGCUGUUGAUAAUGAAAAUAUGGAAGUUGUGGAAUUAUUAUUACAACAACCAACAAUUCGAAUCGGAAAUGCUUUAUUAUGUGCAAUUCGAGAAGGUGUUUAUCGAUUAGUGGAAAUGCAAGUGAAUCAUCCGAGUAUAACUCGAGAAAUGUUAGGAGAUGGUUGGAGUCAACAUUUAGAUCCAGCUGAAGCAGCAAGUGCUGAAUAUUCGAGUGAUAUUUCUCCUGUUAUUCUAGCUGCACAAUUAAAUCAAUUUGAGAUUUUACAAAUGUUAUUGAGAAAAGAUGCGUCGAUUGAAAAACCACACAGGUUUGUUCUGGAAGAAUAUUUUAAUAUCAAAUUUCUAUUUUUCAUUUUCAAAAUCUAUUGCCGUAUUGUCCGUUUGGAAAUGAGAGUCACCCCGCGAAAAAAUAAAUUUGAAUUUGCUGCAGGAGACGCAGACAGCGAGAGAGUGAACUGGCAAACAGCCAACGGGGGUUUUGUAUGGGAAAGCGACCGCAACGCACACGCGUCGCGGGGGUAGGGGAAAUUAGAGAUUUUCUCAAAUUCAAAUUUAUUUUUUCGCGGGGUGAAUCUCAUCUCCAAACGGACAAUAGCAAACACGAAAAAAAAAACUCAAAGGACAAGCCCCGCCCCUUUUGUGUGUAUCGCAUAGCAGGCAGCCCUUUCCCGUCUAGCGUCUGCUGCUAGGUGUGGUGUGUAUAUAUAUAGAAAAGGGAAACAUAUGUUUUCGUUCUUCCGAGAACAUAUACUAAAAUUGGAACAAUACAGAGAAGAUUAGCAUGGCCCCUGCGCAAGGAUGACACGCAAAUUCGUGAAGCGUUCCAAAUUUUUCGACAAAUUUUUGAUAUUUUUAUCUUCAAAAUUAAAUUUUUUUGCAGACACACUUGUAACUGCGAAACUUGUGAUCGUGAAAGAUUGAAUGAUUCACUUCAAUAUUCUCUAAAGCGUAUAAACACAUUUCGUGCUCUUGCAAGUCCAGCUUGGAUGAGUUUAACAAGUCCCGAUCCAAUAUUAUCUGCAUUCAAAUUAUCUUGGGAUUUACAAAGACUUGCAUUCGAAGAACAUGAAUUCAAAGAAACAUAUUUACAAUUAUCCGAACAAUGUAAACAAUUUGCUUGUGAUCUUUUGAGUCAAUGUAGAAGUUCAGAAGAAGUUAUUGCAAUUUUGAAUAAAGAUGGAAAUGCAAAUGAUGAUAAUAUUGAUGUAUGGGCUUCAAAAUUAUCAUUAUCAAGGCUAAAAUUGGCGAUUAAAUAUGAACAAAAAGCGGUAAUUCUUAGAUAUAAAACUUUCUCAAUAAAAUUAUAUUUUAGUUUGUAUCUCAUCCACAUUGUCAACAAUUGCUCACAUCAAUUUGGUAUGAAGGUAUUCCUUAUCGUCAAAGAAGUGGAACUUGGAAGAGCUCAUUUCUUUAUGCUUUUCUUCUAGUAUUUUGGCCUAUCUUUUGUCUCAUUUAUAUUCUAGUGAGUUCUAGAGAAUUGAAUCUCUUUCUUUAAAAAAACAAAAAAUGUUCCAGAUGCCGAAAAGUCGAUUGGGUCGACUUGUUCGUUCUCCUUUCAUGAAAUUUUUCUAUUACUCAAUUUCUUUCGCAACAUUUCUUGGAUUAUUAACAUGGGCAACUUUUGAGGAUUAUCGAUAUGAAAAAGGAGAAACUUUCAGCAAAGAAGUGAGGGAUUACUGUAUUUUUUCUGUGUUUUUCAAAAUUAUUUUAAGAGAGCAAAUCAAACACGUGCUUCUGAUCGUGGUCCACCUCCAACUGUAAUUGAAAUACUGGUAUUUACAUGGGUAAUUGGAAUGUUAUGGUCAGAAAUCAAACAAUUAUGGGAAGAAGGAUUUAAAAGAUAUACAAGACAAUGGUGGAAUUGGCUCGAUUUUCUUAUGAUUUGUCUUUAUUUGUGCACUAUUUCUAUAAGGUUUGUGAUGAUUUUAUGAUUUAACAUGAGCAAUUGGUUAGUCAGGUUUCAAAAUAGAAGAACACCAGAUAACAAAAAUUCGGUCCUCAAAAAUUAGACUCCUUCCCCGAUUAACAUGAGCAAUGCUUUGAUUAAGCUUUGAUUAAAUACCCUAACCUGAGCAAUGUCUGUUUUGCAAUGGAAAAAUAUAGGAACCGAGUAAUAUUGCUCAUGCUUCUUAACUAGUCUAUAAUCUUAACUAGUCUAUAAUUGAAAGAACACCAGAACAAUUCUUUUUGCGCCAAUUUUUGGACUACUGUAUAUUAAUAUGAGUAAUUCCGACCCAAUUAUGCAAUUUUGUUUUGAAAUUUCGGAAAAAUCCAGGGUUACUGUAGAUUAUUUUGAAAUCUUGUGAUCCUUUUUUUCCAGAAUUUUUCAUUUACUAAUUUAAAAAUUACUGUAGUCAGAAAUAUGCGAUCUUAUUCCCCCUCAAUCCCUUUUCCCUUUCCAAUUUUGAUAAUUUCAGAGUAAGCGCCUAUUAUCUCUUCACAUAUUCUCCAAAUCCUCAUAGAUAUGAACUCCGAACAGAUUGGAAAUCAGGCGAACCGAUGCUUGUCGCCGAAGCUCUGUUCGCUGUUGGCAAUGUGUUUUCAUUUGCUAGAAUUAUUUAUCUGUUUCAAACAAAUCCAUAUUUGGGGCCUCUUCAGGUAUUUUCCCUAUUUACAAAAAUAGCACAUCUAUUUUUAUAUUUUGCAGAUAUCAUUAGGUUGUAUGCUGGUCGAUGUUGCUAAAUUCUGCUUCAUCUUUGUUCUAAUUAUUAGCAGUUUUAGUAUUGGAUUAGCUCAAUUAUAUUGGUAUUAUGAUCCGGAUGAAAAAUCGCAAUGUUUGAAAGGAGCUGAAGAUUGUAAACAUUAUUCAAAUGUAUUUUCAUCGUAAGUUUUUCGCUGACAUGAAUUUAUUCCUAAUGAAAAUCAAUUCAGAAUCGCUGAUUCGUAUUUGACACUUUUAUGGUCAUUAUUUUCAAUAACAAAACCUGAAGACACAGAUGUGAAAGAAGAUCAUAAAAUAACUCAAUGGGUUGGACAAGGAAUGUUUAUUAUGUAUCAUUGUACAUCAAUUAUUGUUUUAUUGAAUAUGUUGAUUGCUAUGAUGUCACAUUCAUUUCAAAUUAUUAAUGUGGGUUAUUUUUGGAGAAAACUUUUUAUAAAUAUAAUUUUUAAAGGAUCAUGCUGAUCUCGAAUGGAAAUUUCAUCGAACAAAACUUUGGAUGGCACAUUUUGACGAAGGAUCUAGUUUACCUCCACCGUUUAAUAUUAUUAUCACACCGAAAUCAUUUUUAUAUUUUAUCAAUUGUUUAAUUAAUACUGUUAGAUGGUUACUUGGAAAAUAUACGUAUCAGAAGAAUAGAAAUCGAGCGACUAUUAGGGUAAGUUAUUCUUUAUUCUCUACUUAUUCAAAAGUUCAUUUCAUUUUUUUUAGAGACCAGGAUAUUCUCGAAAAAAGAAUGAAUUGGAAAAAUCUGGAAAUCAUGACGAUGAAUCAUUGAAACCCUUGACAUAUGCUGAUAUAAUUCAAAGAUUAGUGGCUAGAUUUAUUCAUCAAACAAAGAAAAAUAUGAAAAUGGAUGGAGUUAAUGAAGAUGAUUUACUUGAAAUUAAACAGGAUAUUAGUAGUUUGAGGUAAUAAUACUGUAGUUUUUCUUUCAAAAAAAUUAACAAUUUUUUUCAGAUAUGAACUUCGAGAUGAUCGACGUCGAGAAAUAGUUCGAUCUUCAUCACACAUUGAUGCUGUUAAAAGAGAUAUAAUGAGAACAAUGAGCACAACAAGUAGAAGAGUAUUAACUGGUUCAAUGAGAUUACAACAAAGACCAUCAGUUGCUGAAGAAGAAAGUGAAAGUGAAACAGAAGAUGAUGAUAAUAAUACAGAUGAAGAUGAUGAAGGAAGAUCAAGAAAAUCAUCUGUGUUAUAUGUUCCACCUGCGAAUUCCGCAUUGCCUGAAAUUAUUAGUGAAGAACCGAAGAAACGAAGAAGGCAGAGUGAUGCGAACAAAGAAGUGCCAGAUCGACCAACUCCGAAGUUAUCACCAGUUUUUGCUCAGCCACCUCAUUGUUCACUUCGGAAAACUGACACUUCUUUUAGUUUUCCGAUGAAUAAUAUAAAUGAUACAUCAAAUGAUCAUUCGGUUAUUAAACCACCAAGAGGAGUUUUGAGGUGAGCAUUUCAAAAAUUUGAUGUUGAGGGAAUUGUUGUUUGAACUACAAUAAUCACAGUUUCGCUAACAAUUUUCAUCUACAAAUUCCGAACUUUUUUCGCGCCAAACAUUGAAUGUAACCUACUUUUUCAUUCCUGAAAAUAUUCAAGGUCUAACAGUAAUCCAUAAUUGGCGCGAAAAUUUAAUUUUAAAAUAAUAGUUAAUUUUUAAAACGCCUGAAGUUUUGUGCAGUGUAGAUAUAUUUUCAUUUUCAAUUCGAAAAAAAAAUGGCGAUAGCUUCGCCACCGCCCGAGAGCGAUAAACACACAGAGCACGCGAAUAUAUAAAGUUCUGGUGUGGGCGACGGUUUACGGGUUGUGUGUGCCGCCAUUGCUUGCGUGUGAAAGGGGCGGGGCUUAAUUAAAGGAGUGCGUUUUUUGUUCUUCAAAAUCAAGUUUUCAAGGUUUAUAAGUGAAUUUUGAUGGAAAGUCUGAUCCCAUUUUUAAUAACCCCUAUCUGAAUCCAAAUUUACCUUUUAAACAAGCCCCUGAAAAUUUCGAAUUGAACUACAGUAUUUCGAGGCCUUCUGGAUGUUCUGAGUUCAUAUAACCUAACACCUUCAAUCUGGAAAAUUUCAGACAAGAUCAUCCAGAUACAAUUAAAAUAAUGGAAGAACUUCGAAAAGAAAUGAAUGACAAACUCGAUCGACUCAUUCAAGGAUUUUCAACUGAUAAUAAACAUGGUAAAUUUUUUAUUUAUGUCAAAAAAAAGUGAAUUUUUUUCAGCUCAUGUUGGAUUUGUCGAAAAAUGA